AUGGCGAGUGAAGACAAACAAGUUGUUCAGCCAACAGGUGAUGAUGGUGGUGGAGGAGGAGUGGGAAAAGAAGGAAAUGCUGCUGAAGGGGGAAGUGUGCUGCAGCCUUUGAAUCCAGGAGUCCCCAUCCGAGGUAUCAAGAUGAAAUUCGCUGUGCUGACGGGACUGGUGGAAGUUGGUGAAGUGUCCAACAGAGACAUAGUUGAAACCGUGUUUAAUCUGCUUGUUGGGGGCCAAUUUGACUUGGAAAUGAACUUCAUCAUCCAAGAAGGAGAGGGCAUCACCUGCAUGGUAGACUUGCUGGACAAGUGUGACAUCACCUGCCAGGCUGAGGUGUGGAGCAUGUUUACAGCAAUCUUGAAGAAAAGUAUACGCAAUCUCCAAGCUUGCACAGAAGUGGGGCUCGUUGAACAAGUGCUCAAGAGGAUUGAUAGAGCUGACAACAUGAUUGCAGAUCUCUUGGUGGAUAUGCUGGGUGUGUUGGCUAGCUAUAACUUGACAGUUCGAGAGCUAAAGUUAUUCUUCAGCAAGCUUCAAGGAGAAAAAGGGAGAUGGCCACCACAUGCUGGGAAGUUAUUGUCUGUGUUAAAACACAUGCCCCAGAAGUAUGGACCUGAUGCCUUCUUCAACUUUCCAGGAAAAAGUGCUGCAGCUAUUGCCUUACCUCCUAUAGCCAAGUGGCCGUACCAGAAUGGGUUUACUUUCCACACUUGGCUGAGAAUCGAUCCUGUAAAUAAUAUCAAUGUGGAUAAGGAUAAGCCUUACUUAUAUUGUUUUCGAACAAACAAAGGACUCGGCUAUUCUGCUCACUUUGUUGGAGGCUGCUUGAUUGUAACGUCCAUAAAAUCAAAGGGAAAAGGUUUCCAGCAUUGUGUAAAAUUUGAUUUCAAGCCACAAAAGUGGUAUAUGGUUACUAUAGUGCACAUCUAUAACCGCUGGAAGAACAGUGAACUUCGAUGUUAUGUGAAUGGGGAGCUGGCAUCUUACGGAGAAAUAACAUGGUUUGUCAACACCAGUGACACAUUUGACAAAUGUUUCCUGGGUUCUUCAGAAACAGCAGAUGCCAAUCGAGUGUUUUGUGGGCAAAUGACGUCCGUUUACCUUUUUAGUGAGGCUCUCAAUGCUGCUCAGAUCUUUGCCAUUUAUCAGCUUGGUCUGGGAUAUAAGGGAACAUUCAAAUUCAAGGCAGAAAGUGAUCUCUUCCUUGCUGAACAUCACAAACUGUUGCUGUAUGAUGGCAAACUAUCCAGUGCUAUUGCUUUUAUGUACAAUCCAAGGGCUACAGAUGCACAGCUGUGUCUAGAGUCAUCCCCUAAGGAUAAUCCUUCUAUUUUUGUUCAUUCACCACAUGCCCUCAUGCUGCAGGAUGUGAAAGCAGUCUUAACGCAUUCUAUCCAAAGUGCCCUGCACUCCAUUGGAGGGGUGCAGGUACUGUUCCCUCUCUUUGCACAGUUAGACUACAGGCAAUAUUCAUCGGACCAUGUUGACACAACUGUUUGUUCUACUUUAUUGGCUUUCAUCAUGGAGUUGUUGAAGAACUCCAUUGCUAUGCAAGAACAGAUGCUUUCCUCUAAGGGCUUCCUUGUGAUUGGGUAUAGCCUAGAAAAGUCUUCCAAAGCCCAUGUUACCCGAGCUGUACUAGAACUUUGCCUUGCCUUUUCGAAAUACCUGAGCAACUUACACAAUGGGGUGCCCUUGCUGAAGCAGCUGUGUGAUCAUGUUCUCCUUAAUCCUGCAAUAUGGAUUCAUAUCCCAGCACAGGUUCAGCUGAUCCUGUACACUUACCUAUCUACUGAGUUCAUUGGCACUGUUAACAUCUAUGGUGCAAUCCGGCGGGUUGGGACGGUUCUUUUGGUCAUGCAUACCCUGAAGUAUUAUUACUGGGUAGUGAAUCCUCAGGAUCGCAGUGGUAUAACUCCCAAGGGCAUAGACGGGCCACGGCCGACUCAAAAAGAGAUUUUAUCUCUGCGAGCGUUCUUGUUGAUGUUCAUUAAACAGCUAGUGAUGAAGGACUAUGGAAUAAAAGAAGAUGAAUUGCAGGCUAUCCUCAAUUAUCUGCUCACUAUACAUGAGGAUGACAAUCUAAUGGAUGUCUUGCAGUUGCUUGUUGCUCUGAUGUCAGAGCAUCCCAGUUCUAUGAUCCCUGCUUUUGAUCAGAGGAAUGGAUUACAGGUUGUCUACAAGCUUUUAGCCUCACAAAGUGAAGGCAUCAGGGUGCAAGCUCUAAAAGUGAUGGGAUAUUUCUUAAAGCAUCUCGCUCCAAAGAGAAAAGCUGAAGUCAUGCUUGGACAUGGAUUGUUCUCUUUGUUGGCUGAAAGGCUGAUGCUUCAGACAAGCUUAAUCACCAUGACCACGUACAAUGUCCUAUUUGAGAUUCUGACGGAACAGAUUUGCACUCAAGUGAUACAUAAACAACAUCCUGACCCAGAUUCAACAGUGAAGAUACAAAAUCCUCAGAUUUUGAAGGUUAUUGCAAUCCUGCUACGUAAUUCUCCACAGUGUCCAGAAACCCUGGAGGUUCGGCGAGCCUUUCUCUCAGAUAUGAUUAAACUUUUUAAUAACAGCAGAGAAAAUAGGAGGAGUUUGCUGCAGUGCUCCGUCUGGCAGGAGUGGAUGCUUUCCCUUUGCUGUUUUAAUCCAAAGACUUCUGAGGAACAAAAGAUAACUGAGAUGGUGUAUACCAUAUUUCGAAUGUUGCUCUACCAUGCAAUCAAAUAUGAGUGGGGUGGCUGGCGUGUUUGGGUGGAUACGCUGUCGAUCACACAUUCGAAGGUAACUUUUGAAAUGCACAAGGAGAGUCUUUCUCAAAUAUACAGGGAGUACCAAGGGAAAGGAGGUGAAGGGAGUGGAAUACGUUCUUCAACUCCAAUUAGAACAAUCUCUGGAGUUAGCAAAGAAGCUGAAACCAAGGGAAAGCAACAGUGUUUGGAGUUCAAAGAAGAUGGUGCUGCUCCUUCUUGCAUUAUUGAUGAUGAUAUGGAGUGCAGUAGUGAAAAAAAAGAGACAAGUAGCUCAUCAGAGGGUGACCAACAAACUCAUUCAGUGUCUAAUCAUAGGGAGGAGUUAGAGGGGGAAGAAAAGGAGGCUACACAGGAUUUAAAAGCACUGUCUUGUGCAGACUUUUCUCCAGAACCAGAAGCAGUAAAGCCCAGUGUUUCAGAAAUUAGUACUGGAAUAGCUGAAGCAAUUGAAGAUUCUCUGAGCAAAGCUGAUGACCCUGUGGAAGAAACAGUAGCUGUCACUGCUGCUGCUUUAGCAAUGCAAACUACUUUGGAAGGAAAAACUCCUGAAAGUCCAGAAAGGCUGGAAAAAUCAACAGUAGAGGUGGAAGAUGAAGAUGACUUUGUUGAUUUGAAAGAGGAAAGUAGUAUGCCUUUACCUUCAGAAGAGUUUGCAGAAACGAACAAGGAACGUAGCUCUAAUGAAAGUCAAGUGACAAAGCAGGAAAAAGCAAUGGAGAAGCAACCUGAAUCUCUGCUUUUAAAAGCCAAAGAUACUGAGGGUGUGGAUGGGACUAAACAAGAACUGACUUUACCGGAAACAGUGAGUUCUGCAGUUCAAGAAGUAGCGACUCAACCGGAUGCAGAAGGGAAAAAUAAGCUGGAGGAAGAAAAGAUUCUUUUUAGUGAAACCACAACAGCCGAAGAAAAUGCAAAUGCACAUGUGCCAGAGCCUGCUGGAGUCUCUGACAAAAGAAUCGCCAAGCUUGAUGUUUCUAGUGUUGCAUCAGAUACAGAAAAACUGGAACUGAAAGCUAACACGUGUCUAGAAGCACCUCUGCCCCCCAGAUCCAUACCUGAGACCUCAAGGCAGCAAGAUUCUUCAGGACAAGAGCUAGCUGCUACAUCAGAUGGGCAGAGGAGAGACUCUAGGUCAACCGUCUUCCGUAUUCCUGAGUUUAAGUGGUCGCUGAUGCAUCAGCGCUUGCUCACAGACUUACUCUUUUCUAUAGAAACAGAUAUACAGAUGUGGAGAAGCCAUUCUACAAAAACUGUGAUGGACUUUGUGAAUAGCAGUGACAAUGUCAUAUUUGUGCACAACACAAUUCACCUCAUCUCUCAAGUGAUGGACAACAUGAUCAUGGCAUGUGGUGGUAUAUUGCCAUUGCUUUCUGCUGCCACAUCCGCUACUCAUGAAUUGGAGAAUAUUGAGCCAACUCAAGGACUUUCAGUAGAAGCUUCUUUAACAUUUCUCCAGAGAUUAAUCAACCUUGUGGAUGUGCUAAUUUUUGCAAGCUCUCUUGGUUUCACUGAAAUUGAGUCUGAGAAAAAUAUGUCAUCUGGAGGAAUUCUGCGACAAUGUCUUCGUCUGGUAUGUGCGGUAGCAGUAAGAAAUUGCUUGGAGUGUCAGCAGCACGCACAGAUGAAGCCUAUCGGAGACAUUGGGAAGAACCAAAAAACAGUGCAGGGCUUUAUAGGAACAGGAAAGUCUGCAGCAAAGAGUCCAGUGGACAUUGUGACUGGUGGCAUUUCUCCAAUACGAGAUCAUGACAGGCUUCUGCAGGAUAUGGAUAUUAAUCGACUUCGAGCAGUGGUGUUCAGAGAUAUAGAGGAUAGUAAACAGGCUCAGUUUUUGGCUUUGGCUGUUGUAUAUUUUAUUUCUGUGCUCAUGGUUUCGAAGUACAGAGAUAUACUGGAACCCCAGAAUGAAAGACGACCACCAAACCAUAGCCAGUCCUUCAAGGAAUCGGAGAAUGAAAAUAAUGGAACUCCUGCUACAGAUGUGGAAAACCCAUCUGCCGCUCUUGGUGCUUCAGCCUCCACUGAAGAUUCAGAAAGUACAGCAUCUGUACGAAGAAGGGAUUCUGGUCUUGGGGAGGAGCCAGCUUCAGGGCAAACAAACAGUUCCAGUGGUGUUGCUGAAGCAGGACCUCUGAAUGUCAGCGCAGGUCCAGAUGCAAUCAGUGAAGUACUAUGCACGCUCUCAUUAGAAGUAAAUAAGUCUCAGGAGGGCAGAAGUGAGACAGGGACUGAGGGUAGUAAGCCUGCAACUUCUGUGCCAGCUGCGAAAAAUGUCAAUGUAAAGGACAUCCUGAGAAGCUUGGUAAGCACACCAGCUGAUGGGACUGCAGUGGACACUGCUCUUCUGCCACCAGCCUUCCUUGGAGUUCUUGGCGAUGGAGCUGCUGAGCAGCCGGUACAGUUCCAUUCGUUUGACAGAUUGAAGUCCCUCUUCCCUGAUAAUAACUUUGGUGUCCCCUACAUCGCAGUCUCAUUAGCUCCUUAUCUUUUCCCAAGUAUAAAAAGCCUUAGUCAUAUCGAGAAGUCCUGGGGUCGGUCUGGUGCAAGGGGAUCCCUUGUUACCAUACCAGUAGCUGAUCCUCUGCUUAUUCCUGCACUUCCUCUGGCUCUGAUGUCUUUGCAGUCUGUGGCUGCCUGGCUCAAACUAGCAAACUUCGAUGACCCGGGAACGGCGUGCAGCUCUGCCAGGGUAUGUGGUAAAUAUGAAUCUGGAUGCGAUUGCCGAGCCGUACUUCCAUACCUUGAAGAAGGCCUGGAAAGGGAAGCUCCUAAAACAAAUCCUGCAGCUGUAACAGUGGUCAGCUGCACCGCUGAAAGGAAAGGCAGACGCAGUAGUAAACAUUACGUUACAACUAACGCAGCAAUGCGUAGCGAUGAAUGUAUAGUUAACAUUAGCAGUCACCCUUAUAAUGAUAUGACAUGUACUGCCUCCAAGAGUGUCGUCGUACCACCGAAGAAAUCAACCAUUUCCUCUUCUACAGCUGCUAUGGGUAUUCCUGCAAAUGCUGUCAGUGUGGUUUCUUCUUUAGAUUCAGCCCAAGCCCCGGAUUUGUCAGGAGAAUCUCCUGGAAGGGGAUCAUCUAAUUCAAAAUUGCCCUCUGUCCCUACAGUUUCUUCAGUGCCCCAGGAUUCUGCUUCAAAUAUGAGUAUUACAGACAGGCUUGAACAUGCUUUGGAAAAGGCUGCCCCACUUCUAAGAGAGAUUUUUGUGGAUUUUGCUCCCUUUCUUUCUCGGACUCUUUUGGGCAGCCAUGGGCAGGAGUUGCUGAUAGAAGGUCUUGUGUGCAUGAAAUCGAGCAGUUCAGUUGUGGAGCUGGUGAUGCUUCUUUGCUCUCAGGAGUGGCAGAACUCUAUCCAAAAGAAUGCUGGCCUUGCCUUUAUUGAGCUCGUCAAUGAAGGAAGGUUGCUGAGUCAAACCAUGAAGGACCAUUUGGUAAGAGUGGCUAACGAAGCAGAAUUUAUCUUGAGCAGACAAAGAGCAGAGGAUAUUAACCGCCAUGCUGAAUUUGAGUCACUGUGUGCCCAGUAUUCUGCAGACAAACGGGAAGAAGAAAAAAUGUGUCAUCAUUUGAUAAUGGCAGCUAAGUACCGAGACCAAGUGACUGCAACUCAGCUAAUACAGAAAAUUAUCAACAUUCUGACAGACAAGCAUGGGGCCUGGGGAAGCUCUGCACCAAGUCGUCCUCGUGAGUUCUGGCGCCUUGACUACUGGGAAGAUGACUUGCGGCGCCGGCGACGAUUUGUGCGUAACCCCCUUGGAUCGACACAUCCUGAAGCGACACUAAAAGCAGCCGGAGAACAUGCUCCUGAUGAGGAUAUACUUGUUAAAGGAAAGCAGUCCAUCAAGAGUCAAGUUUUAGGAAAUCAGAACUCAGACAGUGAGAUUCUCUUGGAAGGCGACGACGAUAUCAUGUCAUUCAUGGAGGAGAGAGAAGUGGAGAACUUAACGGGUCCGGUUGCCCUAAGCACGCCAGCUCAGCUUGUGGCACCCUCCGUAGUAGUGAAAGGCACUCUUUCCAUCACUCUUUCUGAGCUCUACUUUGAGGUGGAUGAAGAAGAUCCCAGUUUUAAGAAAAUCGACCCGAAGAUUCUGGCAUAUACAGAAGGACUCCAUGGAAAAUGGCUCUUUUCAGAGAUUCGCUCUAUCUUUUCCCGACGUUAUCUUUUGCAAAAUACAGCGCUGGAGAUAUUCAUGGCAAAUAGAGUGGGUGUCAUGUUCAACUUUCCUGACCAAGCAACAGUAAAGAAAGUGGUUAACUGUCUGCCUCGGGUUGGUAUUGGUACUAUCUUUGGACUACCCCAGACCAGACGCAUUUCUUUGGCUAGUCCACGACAGAUUUUCAAAGCUUCCAAUAUGACCCAGCGAUGGCAACACCGAGAAAUUUCCAACUUUGAAUACCUGAUGUUUCUAAACACUAUAGCAGGUCGAACUUACAAUGAUUUAAAUCAGUACCCUGUCUUCCCUUGGGUUAUCACCAACUAUGAAUCAGAGGAGUUGGACCUUACACUUCCUAGCAACUUCAGGGAUUUGUCAAAGCCUGUUGGAGCUUUGAACCCAAAGAGAGCAGCGUUCUUUGCCGAGAGAUAUGAAUCAUGGGAAGAUGAUCAAGUUCCAAAAUUUCACUAUGGCACACAUUAUUCAACUGCAAGUUUUGCGCUCACAUGGUUAUUAAGAAUUGAACCCUUUACAACACUUUUCCUAAAUCUACAAGGUGGGAAGUUUGAUCAUGCAGAUAGAACAUUUUCAUCCAUUUCAAGAGCGUGGCGCAAUAGCCAGCGUGACACUUCUGAUAUCAAGGAAUUGAUUCCUGAAUUCUAUUACCUCCCAGAGAUAUUUGUCAACAGCAACAAUUACAAUCUGGGAGUGAUGGAUGAUGGAACAGUUGUGUCUGAUGUUGAACUUCCACCAUGGGCCAAAACACCAGAAGAAUUUGUUCGCAUAAACAGACUGGCCUUAGAAAGUGAGUUUGUUUCCUGCCAGCUUCACCAGUGGAUUGAUCUGAUUUUUGGCUACAAACAGCAAGGGCCAGAGGCUGUUAGGUCCCUGAAUGUAUUCUACUAUUUGACUUAUGAAGGAGCUGUUAAUUUAAGUUCAAUAACGGAUUCCGUAUUGAGAGAGGCUGUUGAAGCUCAAAUACGAAGUUUUGGACAGACCCCUUCCCAACUGCUCAUAGAACCACAUCCUCCAAGAAGUUCUGCCAUGCAGGUGUAUCUCCUCCUGCAGAGUCCGUUGAUGUUCACAGACCAAGCUCAACAGGACGUUAUCAUGGUUCUAAAGUUCCCAUCCAACUCCCCUGUCACUCAUGUAGCAGCCAACACCCAGCCUGGUCUGGCCACUCCUGCUGUGAUCACGGUUACUGCAAAUAGGCUAUUUGCUGUAAACAAAUGGCAUAAUCUUCCUGGUGCUGUACAAGACCAGCCUUACCAGCUGCCAGUGGAAAUCGAUCCUCUCAUAGCCAGCAAUACAGGUAUGCACAGAAGGCAAAUCACUGACCUUUUAGACCAAAGCAUUCAGGUGCAUUCCCAGUGUUUUGUCAUCACCUCUGAUAAUCGUUACAUCUUGGUCUGUGGUUUCUGGGACAAGAGUUUCCGAGUUUAUUCUACCGACUCAGGUAAACUGAUACAAGUAAUAUUUGGACACUGGGAUGUUGUAACCUGUCUUGCUCGUUCCGAGUCCUAUAUUGGAGGAAAUUGUUACAUUCUCUCAGGAUCACGCGAUGCAACAUUGCUGCUCUGGUACUGGAAUGGCAAAACUAAUAUCAUUGGUGAUAACACACGAGCCAGUGAUUUUGCAACUCCUCGAGCUAUUUUGACAGGACAUGACUAUGAGAUCACCUGUGCUACCAUUUGUGCUGAACUCGGCCUGGUAAUAAGUGGUUCCAAAGAAGGGCCAUGUCUCAUACAUUCUAUGAAUGGAGAUCUACUGAGGACAUUAGAAGGUCCUGAAACAUUAGAAGGUCCUGAAAACUGCCUGAGACCAAAACUUAUUCAAGCUUCAAGGGAAGGCCACUGUGUCAUAUAUUAUGAAAACGGCCUCUUCUGCGUAUUCAGUGUGAAUGGAAGACUUCAAGCCACUAUGGAAACGGAUGACAAGAUAAAGGCAAUUCAGCUGAGUCGAGAUGGGCAGUAUCUGCUUACGGGUGGAGACAACGGAGUUGUCAUGGUGUGGCAGAUGUGGGACCUCAAGCAGCUUUUUGCUUACCCAGGCUGUGAUGCUGGAAUCCGAUCCAUGGCCCUGUCGUACGACCAAAGGUGUAUAAUGACUGGCAUGGCAUCUGGGAGCAUAGUGGUUUUCUACAACGAUUUCAAUCGUUGGCACCAUGAGUAUCAAACCAGAUACUGAUCUUCACGGAGACCAAGAGUAGCACUGAUGCGGGCAGCUGUUGUCAGAAGAGAACUGAAUGCAGCGCGCCUCCCUUGGUGUCUUGCAGCAACGUUGUUCCUUAUAAAUAGCUAUAUUACAUCUGAAUGUAACUUAAAUUUGCUGGAAGAAGCAACCUAUUUUUUAAAGUUAAUCGCUAUUUUUGUAGACCUUGCUUGACUUUUUUUUGGGGAAGGGCAAAGAAGCAGAAAAAUGGCUGCUGGGUUCUGUAGUUAAAAAUCUAUAUUUUUAGUCAUAAUGAGAAGUCUAUUUUGAUCCCUGUAUGCAAAAGAAACCUAAAGUAAAGAUGGUGA